AUGUCAAGUCAAACUACUUCAUCUGGUUCUUCCACUGGAUUUUCAUCCUCAAAUUCUCAAUCAGUUCAAAAAUCAGGUAAUGUCGCUUCUUUCACCAAUAAAGGUAAUCAAUCUGGUUUAACUGCCAUCGAUACUUAUGGUAAUGAAUUCAAAGUCCCAGAUUAUUCCAUUAAAGAUAUCUUAAAAGCCAUCCCCCCUCAUUGUUAUGAAAGAAGAUUAAUUGAAUCGUUUUAUUACGUUUUCAGAGAUAUCUUUUGUAUGGUUAGUCUUGGUUAUGUUGCCAAUACUUUUAUUCCAAUCAUUUCAACCAACAAUUAUGUUAAAUUCGCUCUUUGGGCUGGUUAUGUUUGGAUGCAAGGUCUUUUAGGUACUGGUAUUUGGGUUUUAGCUCAUGAAUGUGGUCAUCAAGCUUUUAGUGAUUAUGGUUGGGUUAAUGAUACUGUUGGAUGGGUUUUACAUUCUUAUUUAUUAGUACCAUAUUUCUCUUGGAAAUAUUCUCAUUCAAAACAUCAUAAAGCUACUGGUCAUUUAACUAGAGAUAUGGUUUUCGUUCCAAGAACUAAAGAUCAAUUCUUAAAUGAUAAUCAUGUUCAUGAUUUAGAAGAUUUAAUGGCUGAUUCUCCCCUCUUUACUUUAAAGAAUUUAUUAGUUCAACAAUUUGGUGGUUGGUUAGCUUAUUUAGCUACUAAUGUUACUGGUCAAGAAUUCCCUGGUGUUUCUCAAUUUAAUACUAAUCAUUUUAAUCCAAAUUCUCUUCUUUUCGAUAAAAAAGAUUAUUGGUUUAUUGUUUUAUCUGAUAUUGGAAUUUUAAUUCAAUCUUUUAUCCUUUAUACUUGGUAUCAAAAAUUUGGUGGUUUUAAUAUCUUAGUCAAUUAUUUCUUACCUUACAUUUUAGUUAAUCAUUGGUUAGUUUUCAUUACUUUCUUACAACAUUCUGAUCCAUCCAUGCCUCAUUAUGAAGCUUUCCAAUGGAAUUUCGCUAGAGGUGCUGCUGCUACUAUUGAUCGUGAAUUUGGUUUUGUGGGUCAAUAUAUUUUCCAUGAUAUUAUUGAAACUCAUGUUUUACAUCAUUAUGUAUCAAGAAUUCCAUUUUAUAAUGCAAGAGAAGCAAGUGAAGCCAUUAAGAAAGUUAUGGGUAUUCAUUAUAAACAUACUGAUGAAAAUAUGUGGGUUUCUCUUUGGAAAUCAGGUAGAUGGUGUCAAUAUGUUGAUGGUGAUAAUGGUGUUUUAAUGUAUAGAAAUGUUAAUGGAUUCGGAGUUGAUCCAAUCAAAGAACAAAAACAAAAACAAUCAAAGUAA